AUGGUGCAGGCGUACACGAAGGAGCGCGACACCUUGAAGAGCAUGCUCGCGCGCACCGGGGGCGGCGCUAGUGCGGAACCGUAUGUCAGCGGAACUGGAAGCUGGACUGGGAGCGGGGGCGUGAAUGGCGCAGCGGGGAGUGUCGCGUCGGAGCUGCAGGAGGUCUUCGGUACGUAUAAGAUGGAGAUGGGGGCCGACAGCGUGCGGGUGCGCGACGAGCUCGUGAAGUUGCAGUGGGAGAACGGGCAGCUCGGGGCGUUGCUCGCCAAGGCUAACGCAAAGAUCAAGUAUGCGGCGGAGCGUCACAAGAUGGCGCUGGAGCAGAUUUGCGGGAUGAGUGUCUGGCUGCAGGAGCUGCACGAUAAGUACGCGCGAGCGAAUAUCGAGUGCAAUCGCACGAUCACAGCCGUUAUCAGUGCGAACGGAAAGGUUGAGCAGCUUGUCAAUGAGCGCGCGAACUUGCGCGCGGAGAAGCGGAUCUGA